GCAAAACAAAAAGACAUGAAUAUUAACAAGAAUCAGUUUGAAAAGACAAAGAACCUUGGUAGUCAACUUGCGGUAUUCAAAAGUGCUUCAACCAAGUCUGUGCAGAAUGAUCUCACGGCUUUGGUAAAGUUAUGGGAUAAAAUACAGCGAAUGUUAACUCAACAUGAGAAUGAUUUGAGUCAAGCACUUAAGAAUGCACCACCAAAUCAAUAUUUGGAAGCUAUAAAGGCUUUAACUCAAUGGAUUGAGAAUGUAGAAGCUGUUUUAAAAAGCGAAUCAUUUCAAGUUACUGAAGUUGAUGUAUUGGAAGAUAAGCUUGAACGAUAUCAAGAAUUACAACAAACACUGAAAUCACAGAAAGGAAACUUUGACUAUGUGUGCACUACUGGUGCUGAUUUGGUAAAAAGUGCAACUUCACAACAAAGAGCUGAAGUACUUCAAAGUGAUAUAAACAGUUUAACUACUAGUUGGAGUAAUGUUAGCUCGUCAGUUCAAGAAAGAAGUGAAAAACUUGAGAAAGCUAUAAGUGAUGUCAGACAGUGGCAGGAUGAGGUAGAUGCUAUUGAAGUGUGGAUGAAAGAUGUUGAAGAUUUUCUGCAAGUAGAAGAACCUGCCUUAGGUGAUAUUGAAACCUUAGAAGCACAGUUAGAACAAAGUCUGGCCCUACAAGAUGAUAUUCAUGACACUUUGCAGCCUAAUAUGACAAGUAUUAAUGAAGCAGGCAGUAAACUCACUCAGGAAGGCGCUCAAGCAUAUGCACUGAAAAUCACUACUAUGUUAGCACAAUUGAAUGAUUGUUGGCAACGCAUUAAACAUCUUGCCAAGGAUCAAAAAGAUACACUUGAAAAAUCACUGAAGAGAAGCAAAAGUUUUAAAGAUUCCAUGGUGAAGUUACUUGAUUGGAUAGAUGACAUUGAAAAUGAGUAUGUAUCAAAAGAAUUGAAUUUACAGGAUCCAGCUGAUAUUCAAAACAGUCUGAGAAAGUACCAGAAAAUAAAUGAUGAAUUAAAGGAAAAAGAAAAGGAUAUUGAUGCUAUUAUUUCAACUGGCAAGCCAAUUGUUCUACAAGCUGCAGUUAGUGUAAAAGAAACUCUGUCAAGAGAAAUGGAAAUAUUAAAUGAAAGGUGGAAAAGUCUCAAAGAGAACAUCCAGAAUAGAUACAAGAUGAUGAGUGAAGCUUCAGAAAGUUGGAAAGCAUUGAAAAAGUUGCUGGAGGAAGAAAGAAGUUGGAUAACGGAAUUUGAGAAGGAAUUUGCUGGUGCUCCUAAGUUUGGUAAUUCUGCUGACUUAGCAGAUGAGUUAACUGAACUGAGAGAAGAUCAUCAGAAACAUGUUGUGGUUAAUCGAGCAAAGAUACAGGAACAUACUAAAUACUUAUUAACACAUCGUAUAAUGGUAACAAGUAUAGAACGAGAAAUUAAAGAAUACAAUCAGCAAGUUGAAGAUGUUACAUCAAAGCUUCAAGACAGAGAAAAGGCGUUAGCAGACACAGCAUUAUUAAUGAAACAGACAGACAACGACAUCAAAGCACUUGAUCAAUGGUUACUGCAAGUUAACAAAACAUUAGAUCAAAGACUCGUGUCUAACAUUGUAGCUGCUGAUGUGCCUGAAGAAUUUAUGAAACUUCAAACAGACUUGAGUCAGCACGAAAACAAAUUGGAGAAAUUAAAUAGAGGUGUGAGAAUCAAGGCACCACCAGGAAGUGGUUUAAGUCAGCAACAACUUCAACAAAAAGUUGAUGGUUUGAAAAAGCGAAUGGAGGAGAUUCAGUUCAAAUUUAGGAGAUUUCAGAAGCCAGCUGACUUUGAACCAAAGAUGGCACAUGUUAAGAAUAUAUUGGACAGUGUGGAUAAAGGUGUCAGUGUUAUUAGUUUGAAAAAUGGUGAAUCUGAAGUAAUCCAGUCACAGCUAGAUGCAUGUAUGGGUUUCUAUAAAAGUCUUAGUGAAGUAAAGCCUGGUGUAGAAUAUGUUAUAAAAACUGGAAGACAAAUAGUGGACAAGAAACAGGUCGAAAAUCCUCAAGACUUAACAGAAAAGUUGAAUACAUUAAAGCAGCAAUAUAAUAUUCUUGGCAAAAAAGUGACAGAUGGUAAAAUGAGCUUGGAAAAAGGUUUAAAAUUGUCAAGAAGCUUUAAAAAAGAGAUGGUUUCACUUAAUGAUUGGUUAAAGAAAACAGAAGUAAUAUUAGACAGUAAAGAUAUAGAUGGGAAAAUGCCAGAUAAUUUAGAAGCUGAAUUGAAAUGGAGCCAGCACUGCUAG